AUGUUGCUGAAACCAGCGACCCCUCUUUCCGUUCUGCUGCUGGUCGCUUUCCUUCUCCUCCUCCUGUCUGUCCUAUCAACCCCCGUCAUCAAAUCAAUCCCCAUCGCCACCUUUGAAAAUGUCCGCUUCGGCGUCUUCGGGUACUGCCAAGGCAGCGACUGCAGUGGAAUUCGUGUCGGCUAUCCUGCUGACGGCAUCUUCGGUGAUUCAAACAGGGACGGAGAUUUCAACCUCCCUGCCACCAUUCGCCAUACCCUCUCGGCCUUGUUGAUAGUCCACCCUAUCGCUGCCUUCCUGGCUUUCAUCUGCUUUGCGCUGGCCGCUGCUGCCCAUCUACACUCACCGUCUCACUCGCCACGUUACCUACUGGGUCUCCUAAUCCUCCUGCUACCGACGCUUCUCGUCUCUCUACUAGCGUUCCUGGUCGAUAUCCUUCUCUUCGUCCCCUAUCUGCAAUGGGGUGGCUGGAUUGUCCUCGGCGCAACCAUCCUGCUCACCUCCAGUGGUGUCGUCACGUGUGCAAUGCGACGCACCUUGGUUAGCAGAAAAGCCCGGAAACGGAGGAUAGCUGAGAAUGCGGAAAUGAGCGGCGAGAAUUACUAUAACCGCCAGAUCGUCGUCAAAGUCGACGUCCCCCCGAGUUCAAGUCCCGCGCCCAGCCAACCUCAAACCACCGCCGCUGCGACGACUGGAAAUGGUUUCAACCCGUCAAACGACGACGGAUAUCGUCGAAACGGGUCGCCUGGUCGACUCUCCCCUCCAGAGCCUGCAGGAUAUCCACAACCACCUCGUCUUUCUCCCGAAGAUAAUGCCGGCGUCCCCCUUCAAGAUCCCUAUGGCUCAUCUUACCCCACUCAGUCUAAUCCUAAUUUGCGGAAUCAGUUCUCAAAUACAAGCAUGCGAUCCAUCAGAAGCGAUGGAUCAUCCUAUCGCCAGAGGGGUCGCGCCCCGCCAUACCCCCCUCCCAGAGGGAGGGGCCGACCUCCCGGCGGGCCUCGGGCCUUCCCUCCCGGUGGAAGGGGCAGGGGCCCCCCGCGCCCUGGUCCGUCAAGGAGAGGUCGUGGUAGACCCCCUCCCGGGUAUCCUCCCCAGUCGAGAGGCUACCCUGCGAACGAUUACUUGGGAUAUGGUCCUGGACGUAGAUACGGUGAUCGAAGUGAUUUCGACCAAGGCAUUGAGAUGCAAACACCACCUAACAAUAUUCCUGGUGGACAUCGUGACCCAGCAACCGAUAACCUCAAAAGCCCAACCAGCAUUUAUAGCGCUGAUGCCCUCGCACCUAGUCCCUAUGUUCCGCCGCGAACUAACUGGACUCCGCAAGAAUACCCUUCUCUAGAACUACCAACUAAUCAACGCCCGCCGCUCAGCCCGCUAGGUCCCAGCACUCAACCCCGCGAUAUGACUCGCUCUCCGCCUAACAUCAACCCACAUCCACCUAGCAGCUAUUAUGAAGACGUGGAGCCCCGAUUCGCAUUACCAAUGAACGGAGUGGAGUCGGCCGACGUCCCUUCCUCGUUGGUACCAGGCUCUUCUGGUGAGCCCCUUCUGCAAAAUUCAUCCGAUGGCUUGCCUGGUGGCGCACGCUCAUCCGCAGUUAGCGAAGCCAGCCACUUCACAUCCAUUUCGCAAAGGGGGAUAAACCCCAAAUGGCGACCAGCGGAUUCCGAGAACCCUAAACCAAAGAUCCACCAACGUCAGGACGUUCUGCUUGGUAGCAAUCCAGAUUUUGCGCUACCGACAGGCAGAGCCCGUGCUAAUACGGCAACCGGCGGUAGAAUGCCGGCUCCAUCAAUGCCAACGAUUCCGGGAACCCCCACAGGAUAUAGGAGUGAAGCAAGGUUUCCUUAAUCCACGCCAUUUAUCUUCGGCAGCGUUCAGCAACAUCACCCUUCUCCGAUUACAACCAUUGUGAUAUUGACCGUAUCUAUAUUCUCUUCCAACCUACGCAUCUGGGCAUGCAUAGUCGGUACAUUCAUUAUCGAUGACUUUACCCGCAUAUCGUUCGAUGUAAUCCCCAUUCGUAGGACUAAGACAUCCCCUUAGUCUCUCUUUCUUUUUUCACUCUUUUAAGGCAUGGCACGGCUUCGCUUUCUUUUCUUUUCCUUCCAUCCUUUUUCCCUCUCUCUAGUACUUGGCAUGGCAUGAUCCUUUGUAUUGUGGAGCAAAAAUUGCCAUCAGGGCCGAAUUUUGGUCUUGAGUUUUCGUAUUUCCUUCACUCUAUCUAGGGAUUCGAUAUCCAGCAUAUUCUGGCACUCUUCGCUUUGCUGCGCCCUUUUUUUUUUUUUUUUUUUUUUUUUUUGUGCCCCACACCCUCUCGUGGCUAGUUGCGACUUUUGACGUGUAUAUUUAUAGCCAUUUCCUUGCCCUUUUCCGUUGCUAUAUGGUGAGAUUCAAAAAUGUACAUUACAUGCAUGUACAAAUUUUAUAAGAUGGACCCUUAAUUUAUUACCGAAUCGCAACUUUCUUGGAUAUCAAACA